AUGGACGCUAGCCCCAAGAGGGAUUGGAGCCAGGCUCUGGCAGAGGUCCAGGAGCGGACAGCAGCAUCAUACCACUCGGUACUUCGGUAUCAUGCGAACGAUAGAAACCAUGUUGGAACUGUGAAGCUCACUUUGAGGUUACUAUGCGGCACGCUCCACAGCUUGUCUCUUUUAGUGGAAGAGUUCACCGCUCAUGGAAAAGGCUGGAUGCAUUUCCAGAAGAUCAAUCCCGACUUCAACUUGCUCGAUGAGCUAAGCACAACACUUGAGAAUCUAAACCAACAGAUGGGGCAUGAGAGUCUCGAUCAAAAUGUUCUUAAGCAUCUUCAACGGCUGCUGGGCGUAUUUACAACUGCUGCCGCUACUGACAACUAUUUCGCAUUGGUUAUCGCCUUAUCAAAUAGCACUUCUCGAAUCCCACCAUCAAACCAUUUUGUACCGAAAGAGUCAGAUCGAGCCAAUGGGCAAAAUGGCUCAACGGAAGAGUCUGCCCAAUAUUCAUUCGACGCUGCCGAGACUUGCGUAAGUAACUUGCUGGACCCAAUUCACAACCGCAAGCCAGACAGCUGUUUUUCAUUUCGGAACUAUGCUGCCCAAAGAGAUGCGAUGCAUCCUUCGUACGGUGAAAGCGCGUUACGAUUGCCAAAUAUUGCAGAAAAACAUUGGGAAAGCGCUCUGCAACCCUUUGAAGUUCCCGAUAGUCACGAGAUCAAAAUCAUUCAAGCAGACCUGAAGCGUCUAUUUCACCCGAAAAAGACGGCAAACUUUGAGCAGUGGAUUCUUGAAUACGCACGGAAGCAGUGGCCUGAGCGAUUUGACACGACUUCUCGCGCUCUCUCAAUGCAGCCAUUAUCGCGUUUGAUGUCCGUUGUUUUUGACCCCUCAUUCCGAACUCUACAUGUGGCUGCUGCCUUGGGUUUACCUAGUCUCUGCCAGUGGCUAAUUUCGGAGGAGCAAAAGGGAAUCGUCCGUCAAAGUAGCCCUAUAGGGGUAUCUUUUUACUGUGCACUACUUGGACCAAACGCACUAUUAGGGCGUGUUGAUGACCCAGUGCAACUGCUCGUCGACAUGCGCCCAUCAUCCCAUCAAGAAAAGACCCUUCAACUACUCUUGGACGCUGGCGCAUUGCGACAUCUUGAAACAACUGGAAUCGGCCCAAGUAAGGACGAACAUGUCUCGCUAGCCACCUUGUCGUUUCUAGUUUGUCACAAUCUACGGGCUCCGCAACUGUUUCUUAACAUUUUGGAAUCGGGUGUUAAUUUUGAUGAGAGAUUCGUACAAUUGUUUGAGGGAGAUAACUCUAUCCUGAAGCAUUGGCCUUCGAUACUGUCGCAAAUUUCGCGUCCCUUUCUGGAAAGCGUUUUGCCUGCGAUCCUAGACAAAUCUGUCAUAGGAUAUGAUAGUUAUGAAGACAUGUCAUCGUUGGCACGAGGGAUAUACGAUAUCAUCGACCAUUACGACGAGGAAAGCACAUGGAUAGAACCUACAACAAGGAAACUUGAUGUAUCAGACAACACUUAUGACUUCAUGGUGCGUGAAGCAGUUCAAGAGGGCGAUGUCGCAAUUGUCAGAAGACUUAUACAAGACUCUCGCUGGGACCCUGAUAUUUUUAUAACCGGGAAAAGAACAGUAUCGACAUCAGCGGGCGGUACUUCGCUGCCCCCUACGCCAUUGAAGGGAACAUCACUUCUUCAUUAUGCAGUAGAAUCAAAUGGUUUGCCGCUGGUCCGUAUUAUUCUGAAAUCUCGGAAAGAUGUCAAUGUUCAUGUUCGCAACAACAACGAUCAGACACCUCUAAUGUUGUCAGAAUCGCCAGAGAUAUUCAAGCUUUUGCACGACUACGGCGCUCGAACAACAGACACCGAUGACGUCGGUCGCAAUGUUUGGCAUUUUGCGGCGGCCAACUCCGAUAUCGAUCUGAUCGACUGUCUAGUAGAAAAUGACGAAAACAUGGACGAAAACCUAAGGGGUUUAAUGCUGGGAGGCCAAACACCCAUCGCACAAGGCAUUCUUUACCCGUUCAAGCAGAUGCGAAAGGAGCCAAAGUCAACGAUAAGACCUCCAAUCAGCGCUUUACAUAUGCUGAAGGUGUGCAAAAGAGAUCCCGCCUACCUCCAGAGCACGAUCCCUCUUUUGUUCCUCGCUGCUGAAUGGGGAUCUGAGGAACUGGCAUCCAGCUUGAUCGACUUUGGCGCUGACGCUGCCUUCGUCGAUGAUAAGGGGCAGUCUGCUCUGCACUUCUUGAACGUUUCCGCCACGGAAGGGCUGAUACUGGCGCUUCAAAAAGCUUGCCAUGCCCCGGUUCUCAACAAGGAGGGAAUGACGCCCGCAGAAACCAUCUUCGCAGCCUUCAAUGAGACGGCCAAAUUAGGCCGUUUCCCGGAUAAGCCGCUUAAUCACCCUGCCAACUCUCGAUCGCUUCUUGCGUCUGCAUACGAACUACUUCUGACUACUGAGACUCUUGCUUCUUGUGACAGCACUGGUGCCGGACUGUGGGAACGCUUUGCCCAAAAGGUAAUAUGUCAGUGGGGCCCUCAAUGGCGUACUGAAUCAACAGCCAGCGCAUCUUUGCGUACUGCGGUCAAUUGUCUGAUCAACGCAGGAGCAGUAGCAAGCUAUGAGCAAGAAAAUAAUCAAUCAGGGCUCAUUCCUGUCCUUGAAGGCUGGACAAAGACUAGCCUAGACCGAGUUUCCGCAGCGUCUUGGAUAGGAGACAUUUUGGAACUAAUUUUCCAUGCAUCAAGUCGAAGAUACGAGUUCAGUGAUUCUCCAGAGGCUGUCAAGUACCUCAAAUUGGCUAUACGGCAAGGAAAUCAUGUUAUCGUGCAGGAUCUCGUCGGUAUGAAGGUGUCCCUUCACGUACGGCACGAUGGUGUGUCGGCCAUGGAGUUGGCAUGCCAAGUGUACAAUGGCUGUGAUGAAACAAUGUUCAACACACUUUUGGAUCAUGCAGACCCCAGCAAGCUUAAUGAUACAGAUCCAUCCGGCGUUGGUCUUCUUCACAAGCUAAUUGAUGGUAUGGUAUUGGAUCGAGAUCGCAAGCUUGAGGCUCUCUUACGAAGAGGUUGUGACCCAAACCCACCACCGGGAAUUGGAAAGGACCCUGUGUUGGUGUCCUAUGUCAAGGAGCGCCAAAUUGACGCUGCGUUGACUCUCCUGCAUUUCGGCGCCGAUCCCUCAGCCACAAACAGCUUCGGCAUGGACGCUGCAAUCGCUGCCGCCUCGAGGGGGAGCUUGCGUAUUUUGGAGGAGAUAAGACAUUGCAAGCCAGGAUUUGACUGGGGGAGAAAAUGCGUCUCUCAUUUUGCUAUUUGGGGCGCCACUGGUAUGGACCGCACCACCACGAUGCGCGAUUGUACUGCGCUGCACCUGGCGGCACAUAACGGGCAUGAAGCUGUGCUUCAGCUAUACAUAAAGGACCUCGGACUGGACAUUGAAUCUGCUACGGUGGAUGAGCUCUGGAGACCUCUUCACUCUGCUGUCGUGGGCGGAUUUGCGUCUUGCGUGCGGACUCUCCUGGAACACGGAGCAGAUCCAGCAGCCAGGGACUAUCAAGGCUGCACGCCUCUGACAGUAGCGGUUCAUAACAACCGUAUCGAAGCAACUCGUGUGCUGCUUGAUCUUGGUCUAAAGAAUAACAGCCACAUGGAUAUUGCUGAGCCUUUCGUGCGAGCAGUCGUCACUGGCCGCAAGGAUAUAAUUCGGCUCUUCAAGCCUUAUCUGAUGACGAUAGUGCCCGGUCCGCCAAACGGACUGGGAGUACCAAACACAUCGCCAAAGGUGGUUGGAGUGGUCUUGGAGAAUUUGAUCGCUGGGGGAAAUAUGGAUGACUGCGCCAAGGUUUUGGACUUGGUUGAGCCCUCGGCCAGGGACUCUAUCAGGCUAGCCUGUGGGAAGUGCUCACCGAUGGUCUUGGCUUUGAAGUUGCAGCAUUUCCACAUUAGUCGUCUCUUUAUCGAAUUGGGCAUGACAUCCCACUUCGUAGGAGGCCAUUGCUUCCGUCAUAUCGGCGGCUUCUUCCCGGGUAUGUCGGGUCAACUAUUUGAGCCUACGGCCCUCCACUACGCAAUCAACCGACUGAAAAGCGAAAUAUCCACGGAUGAAAAGGCUGUAGUGACGCAAUUACAGGACCUGUCAGACUGGACUCAGUAUUCUUUGAGCCCAAUGCAUACCGCUGCCCGCAGGGAAGAUGAUGUAGGAGCACGCCUCAUUGUCGAUCACAUCCGCGAGCAUCCUGAGAGGUAUAUACGGCUGCUCCGGGAGCCUCGUCGUUGGCCACAACCCAACAGUAGCGUGCUUGACAAUAGGGAGAUUAUUGCAAAACAAACUGAUGACGACACCCCGAGUACAUCUGACGGGAUCAUAAGACAAAUAGUCAAUCAACGAGUUGCUUCACAUGAUCACUCGGCGUACGAAAAGGGAACAACUCCGCUACUCACAGCAAUCAGUAAUUCUUUUUUGGAGACUACGAGAUUUCUUGUAGAGCACGGAGCGGACGUUAACAUGCCUCAUGAAAAUAACGCUACCACUCCUCUCCACGAGGCGGUUAGCAAUGAUUUCGUCGAAGGAGCGAGGUACCUUUUGGAGAAGGGAGCCAACCACAACCUCAGAGACUCGCAAUCUUACACGCCUUUAGCUCUUGCAGUCGUCCUGGGACAUUUUGAAAUGGCCCAAUUGCUCGUAGACCACGGAGCCAAUCUGGAAGUAUACGAUUCCGACGGCGUCGGUCUUCUCAGCAUCUGCGGUGAAAAGGCAAUGCAUCCCGAGAUGUUUGUAUGGCUGUUGAGCCUUGGCCUGGAUCCGUAUAAGCCGGACAAAUCAGGAUAUACGCCUGUCCACGACACGAUUCUCAGCAACGGGCUUCCGGGCAUCGUCUUCAACUAUGGGUUCGACUUUUCACGAGUCAGUGAGAUUCGCAAGGGGCUUCUGUCUCUGAUAAUUGAGUUUGUGCAAGGAAAGGCGAAUGGUGUUCUCAUCCGGCUUCUCAAACGGCUUCCAAAGGAGAAGAAGUUGGAAAUGGUUAACUCGAUCCCGACUGCGUUCAUCAGCCCGCUAUGUAAUGCAGUGGUGCAGGAUGAGAUGGGCUGUUUGCAUACAUUGCUUGCUCAUGGCGCAGAUGUUGACGUGGAGGGGUCAGUAGAGGGGUCGGCGCUGAUGGUUGCCUGUGCGAUUGGCAGGUUCGACGCUGUGAGGGUGCUCGUUUACAGAGGUGCGAAGAUUGCGUAUGACACGGUGCUCGCGGAUGGCUGUCGUGUUUUCCGAAGCGCGCUUGCAUAUGCGGAACCGUUUCCGGAAAUUGUUCGGUGGCUUCUUGUCGAGAGGCAUACGUCUCAGAGAAGAUUGGAGUUCUGCACGGAUGGUUCGGCUGGUCUUGAAGAAGUGGUGAUGCCGUGGAGCGGCAUUCACGUGGCGGGGUACGAGCUGGUUGGGGCUGGGGCGCAUGGUGUUCGCAAAAGGGAGGAAUCGAGCCUUGACUUUGCUGAGCGGCUAGAUGAGAUACGCCGGAGUUUGAGAGGGAUGAGUGUGCGGGUUCUGAACUUGGAUUAG